AUGUCGGUUUUUAUGUUUUACUUUUUAAGCUCUUCAGAGUUCUUAUUAUUGUCAGCUAUGGCCUAUGACAGAUACGUGUCUAUUUGUAAACCCCUGCAAUAUCCAGCCAUCAUGACAACAACUACUGUCAGUUUACUGCUGUGUUUUGCUUGGCUGGUACCUGCUUGUUAUGUUAGUUGUGGAGAUGUCAGAAGAAAAGCUGUUCAGACCUGUUUACCUCACCUGCUAGUUUUGAUGAACUGUUCUGUUUUGAUUACCUAUGAUGUUGUCAUUGUUAAACUGGAAUCUGAUUUUCCCAAAACUGCACGUUUUGUAAUGACACUCCAAAUAAUAACUUAUAAUCCUCUCUGCAAUCCAAUCAUAUAUGGACUGAAAAUGAAAGAAAUUUCUAAACACCUUAAAAGGUUGCUUAGACACAUGAAAUAA